CACUUGUCAGGACUCUGAUGGGGAAGUUUUCGGCUUUGAGUAUUUGCUCUUUGCUCAAUUUGAAUUCGUUGGUCUUUCUGUUAGAAAAAAAUCAGCAAAACCGCUUUUUGUGCAAAGUAACGGAGAGAGCACAUUUUUGAAACAAGUCGUUUGGAUAAUUUUAUCUUAUAUGCAGAUGACUAAGGAGCAGGUUGAAACCUGGUUAGCAGAUGCUAAUCAAUUUGUUGCUGAUGAUGAUGAUGAGACAUUCAACUUCACCGUCAGGGUUGCGGCAGGGGACCUCUUAGAAAUUUUACUUGAAAAGUUUCCUGAAAAAACACUGCAAGCUCUCGCUGAAACAACACAACACCUUAUCGAAGAAUCUAAUAUAGCUCGUGCUGCAGGUGACAGUGUAUGGUGGAAGGUUCAAGAAGCUUGCCUUAAAGCUGUAGGAUUUGUUUCUAAUGAACUCGCGACAGCUUUGCAAGACAAUGCUCCCAAAGUUAAAUUUGACCUGCCUGGACUAUUCGAGCAUGUAGUUUUUGGCCAUUUGACCGCAACAGAAUAUCCUUUCCUUCAAGGGCGUGCAUUUGUAUUCGCCAGUCAAUAUGCAACACUGUUACCUGGUGAACUUGCAUCGCGCUACGUAUCUGAAGCUGUCUGUGCAAUCCAAGGAAUUGGUGCUAUACCUGUGAAAGUAUCUGCUUUACGAGCAUUGCAGAAUUUCUGUCAUCAUUUGGACGUUCAAUAUGUGGCGCCGUUUCAAUCCAAUAUAAUCGAAAGUGUUGCAAAUCUUUUGAAUAUCGUAUCAGAAGACUCGCUAAUACUCGUAUUAGAAACACUUGAAGAGGCCAUCAAAAUCAAUAAUGAAGUGACAGCUCGGUACGAAAGCUUGAUAGGCCCGUUAAUUAUUGACGUCUGGAUGAAACACCCUACAGGCAAUAUUUUAUUUUUGAUUUAUAAUCAUUUAACUGAUAUUUUUGAAGAAUUAUCAAGCAAUGUGAAUGCGCAUGCUUCAUUUCAGGCUAGAGCCUUACCUCCUUUGGCCAAUAUACUGAUUAACAACACUGAUUCCGCCGUGACUGCAUCAGCAAUUGAUUUAAUCGCAAGUCUUGUAAAAGGUGGUCCUUCACCCCUUCCAUCGCCAUAUAUCGAACAUGUAUUUCCGCCCUUAAUGCAUUUGAUGCUGACAACUGAAGAUCGAAGCAUUUUGCAGAAUGGGGAAAUUUGCUUAAAAUAUUUUGUGCAAAAAGAUUGUGCACGAAUUGCUGAAUGGACUGAUGUGAGUGGAAAGACAGGACUAGAUUAUGUGAUACAAUUCAUCGCAAAGUCGCUUCAGCCAACUGAAAGUGAAUCUGCGACAUUUUUAGGCGAUUUGGUUGUUAAGCUGAUCGAAAAGGCAGGGAACAAACUUUUACCUGUUCUUCCGGAAUUACUUAGGGCGGUCGCAGUGAAACUGGAGAGCGCUCGUACUGCCACGUUUAUACAGUCUUUGCUUAUGAUUUUCGCACAUUUGGCUCUUGGCCAGAAAUCUACUGUAGUAAAUUUUAUGGAUGAAUCGGUUAUCAAUGGUAGAAAUGGUCUUGAUAUAUUACUUAAUACUUGGCUUGAAAACCAUGAUAGUUUUCAAGGGCACUAUAAUAUAAAAAUCAGUGCCAUUGCAUUGUCUGAGCUUUUCUUAUCCUGUGAUCCGAGAAUACAAAAUAUUAAAGUUAAAGGUGAUUUAAUUAUAAUGCCAUCUUCAAAUCCGCAUCAAUAUGUUUAUAUUUCUGCAACUAUAAAGAUUAUCAAAUUACUUUUAUCAGAUCUCCAAAAUGCAACAGAAGGAGACAACCUAAAGCGUUCUGAAUUAGAUGAUAUUUUAGACGAUGAGGAGGCUAUUGAGACUGAUGAUGACGAUGAUGAGUGGGAAGAUGUCGAAGAGCCUUCUCCAUUUGCUCCUUCGGAAGAUUACAUUGUCCUUUCAGAACUUGAAGACUUCGAAGAUGAUCCUGAUAUUAAAGAUAAUCAAAUUUACCAUACCAACCUCAGAGAGUAUCUGGUAAACUUUUUCCGUCAUUGUGCUUCUCAUAAUAUAAACAAUUUUGCGGAAUUAUGUUUGGCACUUAACGAAGAAGAACAACUUAAAUUACGCUUUGUAAUCACUGGCAGUCGAACAUGA